ACUAAGUAGGGACAGGAGGUACUUGUAGUAAUUUUAAUGCUUAAGUCCUUUAAACUGAACAUAAUUAACAAAAAUUGAGAGUACACUUUUAAAGUUAGAUUCGUUAAACGAUUUUAUGCGUUGUCAUGAGCAAUUGUAAAAUAAUCGAUGAAAAUUUAACUUUUCAUAAGACUGCAGCAGUGCAUAUUCAAGAAUGAUUUUCUGUUGUAAUUGGUUGUAAUGAACUUAGGGUAUGAUUUACUGUACAUCCUGAUUUACCGUUAUAUAAACACAUUCAACUACUUGCGAUAUCUUUGACAGAACUGUUUUUUGUUAAGUUAAAUAUCAUAGAUGUAUUUAACCUUACUUUUUGAAAUAAGUUAAGAGUUCAAAAAGCACCUUAUGUUACGAAAUAUUGCUUUUCAUUUAGUUGAUUUAUUUUCAAAAUUAUAACCGUGUUUUAUUGUCGAUUCAUAAAUUAUUGUGGUUUACUCGCAGGAUUUAAAUUAUUUUAAUAAUCAUACUUAUAAGUAAUCUAACCUUAAACUUUUAUGAAAAAUGAAUUUUCACAAAAGUAUUACAAAGUCAAGUAUUAGUCCCGACGUUAUAAGGAACGUUUGCAUUUUGGCUCACGUAGACCAUGGAAAAACAUCAUUGUCAGACUCGUUAUUGGCUUUAAUCGGUUUGAUUAGCAACCGGUCAGCUGGCACGAUAAAAUUUUUGGAUGAUCGGAAAGACGAACAAGAAAGAGGAAUAACCAUGAAAAGCAGCAGUGUUUGUAUAAAUACAGUAUUAAAAGAAGAUGGUAACGAUCAAUUUAUUAGCCUUAAUCUGAUUGAUACACCAGGUCAUAUAGAUUUUAUGACAGAGGUAUCUGCUGCUGUAAGAAUUUGUGAUGGAGCUCUGAUAGUGGUGGACGUUGUUGAAGGUGUUUGUGUACAAACGAAGGAAGCUAUUAAGCAAGCAUAUGAAGAGCGUGUUAAAAUGAUUCUAGUGAUUAAUAAGAUUGAUCGAUUGAUUUUGGAACUGCAUAGAGAUAGUCGUGAAAUGUUUCAAGCAAUUCUUCAUGUUAUAGAGGAUUGUAAUGCUUUUUUAGGCUCAUUAUUUUGUCUUGACAUUGAAGAAGGUGAAGAUGAUGAAGAAAAAUUUGGUUUUUAUUUCUCCCCUGAUUUGGGAAAUGUAAUUUUUGCUAGUAGUUUAGAUGGAUGGGGAUUUACAACAGAACAAAUAAGUAAGAUGUAUACUAAAAUUUUCCCAAAUGAAACAUUAGAAAGUAUUAAUAAGAAAAUGUGGGAUUUUGAUUGUUAUGUUGAUUUUAAAAAUAGAAUAAUAUGCAAAGGAGCUGUUAAGAAGAACAAGCCUAAUCUAUUUAUUCAACUGUGUUUGUCAACUCUUCAUUUUAUUUAUUCAACUAUUGUCCUUCGAAUGGAAUAUGAUAGAAUUCAAGAAAUUAUUAAAAAACUGGAUAUAGAGGCUACAGUCAGCCAUUCUCAAUAUAAUGAUGGGCGAUUAAAACUAAGAGCUGUUCUACAGCAUUGGAAACCUUUAGCACAAACAAUUUUACUUCAGUGUUACAGAAUAAUUCCUUCUCCAAAUGCAAUGGAAGAAAAAAAGAUUCAGUACUUGUUAAAUUGCGAGAAAUACUCGGAUAAUCAACACAUAGCAGUCUGUUUAGAGAAACUAAUUACAGCUUUUAAAAAAUGCAGUUCCGAUGAAAUUCUAAUAUCAUAUGUAUCAAAAAUGUUCAUACAAAACAAGCAGGAUUUGAGAGGGAUUGCAAAAAUUGUUAUUCCAAAACCUAGGAAUACAAUAAAAAUGCUAACUACUAAUGAUCAAACUUCUAUAGAAGAGAGUCCGCCUUCUUUUCCAAAGCAGGAAAAUAAUACAAAUAAUGGCCUUGAUAAGGCAAUUGAAACUGAGGACAAUGAAUUCAAUGUUGUGGCACUGGCAAGAGUGUUUAGUGGAUGUCUUACAAUAGGUCAAGAAAUAUUUAUCUUAAAUUCAAAUUAUGAUCCAUCUAGUAUUAUUAGCAGUAGUGAAAUUGAAUCUGAAGAAUUUUUGAAAAAUAAUUUAUCUGUUCAAAAAGCCACUAUAAGAAAUUUAUAUGUAAUCGAAGGUCGCUCUUUGCAGUCUGUUCCUAUUGUUAUGGCUGGUCAAAUUUGUGGUAUUGGAGGAUUAGAAAAUACUGUACUACGUACAGCUACACUCACAAAUUCAUUAAUGUGCGUUCCAUUGGUAGAAAAACAGCAGAUGGAUCCGAUAAUUAGAAGCGUUGUAGAGCCUUUAAGUUUAGGCGAUUUGCCAAAACUUCGGCGAGGACUUCGACUGUUAAUGCAAAGUGAUUCAUGCGUCCAAGUCAUAAUGCAAGAAACGGGAGAACAUGUUUUACUAACAGCAGGUAGUGUACAUUUAGAUAAAUGUAUGGAAGAUUUAAAAAAUAAGUUUUCAAAAAUUGAGCUGUCGUUUUCAAAACCAACGGUUUCUCUUAGAGAAACAAUUAUAUUGCAAAGAAAACAAUAUGAUUUUAUAAAGGAUCGAUCUAAAUUUGCAAAAAUCUCAUUAAACGAAUACGGAAUCGAAAUAAUAAUUGCCAUAGUACCGCUACCUGAGAAAAUAUUUGAAGUUGUUACUACAAACUUUGAAUUAUUAAAAAUGGUUGAAAAUUAUCAAACUAGAAAUAGAGAUAUGGUUGAUGGAAGAAAUAUAGACGAAUAUGCAGAAGAUAAACAAUUUGUUUAUGAAAGUACCCGAAUUGCAGUAAAUCGUGUCAAGAAAUUAUUGAUUGAUUCGUUUAAAGAAAUUGGAAAUGUUUGGAAUAAUUUAGAUUACCGAAAUAUUUGGAGUAUAAGUGGUAAAUGUGAUAGCAUAAACCUUCUCCUAAACAUCACUCCUGAAUUUAAGAAUUUAAAUAUAUUUACUCAUAAUACUGAUAAGCGAAUAAUAAAUAAUUGUAUUAUAAACGCUUUUAACGCAUUUUGCAAAGCAGGCCCCAUCUGUCAGGAACCUCUAAUGAAAUGUGGCUUUAUAAUUGGCGAUAUAAAUGUUAGCAGUAGCUGUAAUGAAAGUUUAACAAACACCCAGUUACAAUCUGGAAUGACUCUAUGCAUAAAAAAUCAGUUUUGUGAAGUUUUCGAAAAACAACAACAAAGAUUAAUGGAACCGAUUUUUGCCACCGAUAUUCAAGUUAAUUCUUUCGCUCUAGGAAAAGUCUAUUCGGUGGUGCACAAACAUUUUGGUAAGGUAAUCGAAGCUGUCGAUAUGGACGAGCAAGAAAAAACUUAUGUAGUAAAGGCAGAGGUGCCUGCUGUUGAGAGCAGUUCGUUGCCCGAAGAAAUACGUAGGGCAACGUCUGGUAACGCCAAUCCACGAUUGCGAUUUAGUCACUACGAAGUGGUCGAAGGUGACCCAUAUUACGAGCCUAUACCAGAUGAGGACGGAUUUGUAACAGUAAAUAGGGCAAAUAAAUUAAUGAAGGACGUACGACGACGUAAAGGACUCCAAGUUGACGAUCAAGUUGUUGUAAGCGCGGAGAAACAAAGAACAUUAAAUAAGAAAAAGUAACAUUUUUGUCAAGAUGAUGGUUCACAAAGUGACGAUAAAAAAUCUCAAACAAAAGAUUUAAUUUUGUCAGCAAAUUUGAACUUGUCAUUGUGUUAUCUCAAA